GUGGUUGAUGAUUGUAAAAAUCUGACCUGCUCAGUGGGUACUCACGUCAAUUUCAAGGGCGACUUGAGAAAUGCUAUUACUCGCGGUUUCCUAGCUCGAGACAUAUACUACUUAGGAUACCACCAUCUUGUCCAACCAUCCUCGAAGGGUCAGGCAAUUGAGGGUUUCGACGGGCCUUUUCGGGGAGUAGUUUAUCCCCACCAAAAGCUCAGCUCUACGUUAUCGUCAACGCUGUACCGGGCCAGAGUCGGUGGGGCUCAAAAAUUCAUCAAGCCACUGACCCAGAUUCAGCAGGAUUGUAAAAGGUUCAUCCUCUCGUCGCCAUGUUGUUUACUAAAUCUGCAGAAAGUACUGGGUAACCUGGGCCAGUACAUACACAGCAUCUCCUCCUCUUCGUCUGUCCUCUCCACCUCCUCCAUUCUGAUCGCAUCAUCUCACAGGUCCUGUUGCCAUGGCUUAUGCUGGUCAUCGAGGCUCAGGUCAUUGCUGCACCUCUGCCAAGUCUCGGUUGCCUGGGCCACUAUGAGUCCAGCCGAUAGAGGGGCGUGUGGGAUGUUGAGAGCGGAUAUGCCAGCGGAAUGGGUGGCCCGGUACGUCUUUCGGCUUGCUUCGCUGUGA